AUGCUGCUGCUGGCUGAGUCCACCCCGGCCGGCGGCGCGGGCGGGGGCGCGGGCGCCCCCGCGGAGCAGCGUCUGCGGAAGGUGUCGAUCUACAUGCCUGGCAGCGCCUCGCACAUCCGGCUGUCGGACGGCGCCGCGCGCGUGGCACGCGUGUGCGCGGUGGCGCCGCAGCCGCUGGAGGGGGGCGGCAAGCUGGUGGCGGUCGGCACGCAGGGCGCGGGCCUGCUCAUCGCGUCCACCGACAGCAACUGCGUCGUCCACCGCCUGCAGCUGCCCGGCAGCUGCGUCUGGAGCGCGGCCUGGAGCGCCGCGUGCGACCAGCAGGUCAUGAUAGGGCUCGACAGGGGGCGGCUGGGGCUCGUCGACCUGCGGAUGACAGGCGGCGCCGGCAAGGGCCUGCUGCUGGAGGCGGCGGCGCCGGGCGUGCAGCAGCCGCUGCGGCGCCUGGCGGCGCUCGGGGCGGGCGUGGCGGGGGGCGCGGGGGCGGCGUGCCUGGUGGCGGCUCCGGGCGGCGUGUAUGCCUGGAGCGACGCCGGCAGUGGGGCCGGCGGCGGCGGCGGCGGCGGCGGCGGCUUCACGCAGCUUCUUGACGCCCGCAGCGUCCACGGCGGCAACUGCGAGAGCGUGGCUCUCACAGACGCGCCCUCUGAGGUCGUUGGCGGCGGCGCGGCCGGGCCGUUGGUCUGUGUUUCCUUCCGCGCGCCGCUGGCUGCCGCCGGUGGGCCGCAGCAGCAGGAGCAGCCGGCGGCGGCACACCUUUUGUACAGCCUCGAACGGUCGCAGGGCGCAGACCCAGCGGCAGGCGGCGCCGGAGCGGCGGUGGCAGCAGCGGCGGCAGGGGCAGAAGCUGACGGGGCAGCACGGGCACUGCGCGGCAUGGCACGGCUGGCCGGCCACACCAGCUGCGGCGUCGUCACUGUGGGUGACUUUGUGCGGCUGCCGUCCGCCCACGGUUCGAGCCCGGCGCUCGCCUUCUAUUCGGGCGACGAGCGCCGCAACACGGUCGCGGCCUGGGACUGCGGCAGCGGCGCCAUGCUGGGCGGCGGCGGCGGCGGCGGCGCGGAGGCAUGGGACGCGCUGGCCGGCCCCGUGCUGCAGGUUUCCGCCGCGCCGGGCGCGGGCGGCGGCGGCAGCCCCCUCAUCGGGGCGCUGUGCGAGUCGCAGCUCGUGCUGUGGCGGUGGGACGCGGCGGCGGGGCACAUGUGA